UGUUGCCAUGUGAAAUAAACAUUACAGAAUGUAUUGAGUUACCUAUUUCAUCCAAAUUACGCACUUUUGUAACUGGCAUGUUACAUGGGUUUGUAUGUUUCUAUAAUGUCGUUGAGUUAUAAGCAAUAUUUAUAGCAAACGGUGAUACGCAAGCGAGAUGAAUUUGAGAGAAAGGAAUGCGUCCCACACCUGGAAAUACACGGACAGUUUCCCGAAUAUUCGAAGGGCUGGUAAACGAAUUCCUAUUGGUGACAGUGCUAAGACUUGUUUACAAGAAAUAUCACCCACGCAACGGACCCCACCUGUAGUGAGGAAGUUUCUGAACUCAGCACGCCCAGGUCCAGGGGCUAUCAGAGUGUUCCAUGGGAAAGCCAACGACCCUGAUAUAGCCGGUACAGUCAUCCAUGGAGUGAGCACCAAAGCUUCUGUUUCUGCUGCUUCUCUAAUCAACCCACCGCCUAAGACCUUCUAUCAACAGAGGUUACACCAACUCAGCGAAGCUGGAUAUUCAACUAAUCAAAAAGCCCCACUGGGAAAGUCACAUAAUCAGAGUCUUGGGCUUCCUGACUGGCUUGACACUGGCAAAACCACAUUUGGUGUUAAAUUGCUAAGAAAUGCAGCUGCAGGUACAAUUAUCAACCCUCCUAAACAUGCAGAGCAGGUGGAGACAGAAGCUCUGGAGGGACAUAAGUCUUAUAUCCACUCCCACAAUGCCUACUUUGUCAGUGAACGUAUUGAUAGGAAAUACAACUGGGGACCUUGUGGCAAAGACACCAGAUUUGGAGUGCCUACCCCACACCACAACGAUGGACGGAAUGUCUCCAAAACCCUCCACUGGUUGUGUGCUUCUCAGGUGGGUCUUAAAGCAAACCUGGUUUCCAAGAGGUGUGAUGACUUCAGGGAAAGGACACAGCCACAGAUUGGCAAAGUUCAUGACCCCAUAGCAGAUACCCUGAAAGUGCCAGCAAAUCACACAUUCGGAAUAUUGAUGUGUCCGGAUGACUUUGGCGCCGGUGACCUCAUCCGCUCCACCCCACCCGCAGAAUACCUGAGAGGCACAGAAAGACAGCGCUCUCUCGUCAGUGCUGUGCGCCAACACCUGAAGAAGGUCAACUUCCACAACUUUAACUCCCUGCUGCAGGCCUUCAGACACUAUGACAAGAAGGGUCAGGGUUCGAUUGACAAGGAUAACCUGCGGGAUGUGUGUGUUCAGUUUAACCUGGACCUGAGUGAACCGGUGCUGGACAGCUUGAUGGAGUACUGUGACGUGGAUAAGGAUGGACUCCUCAAUUUCCUGGAGUUCACCAACUUCCUCAACUGGAAGGACAAAAUGCCCAUCAGUAAAUUGGAGCAGGACAUUUUGACCAGUGAGCGUAAGGCCAGCACAGCCCCAGCUAACAUGAAGAGAGAAGCUAUCUCGCUGAGGCCUUCAGCCUGUAAGGCUCUAGUCCGACCAGAGGACCUGGAGCCUGUGGAGGUGGGCAGCACGUUGAAAACCCCAAAGACCCUGAGUCGACCCCGGACUGUACCAGACCACUUUGUUACUUCUUCGUCCCUGAUCAGGGCAGUUGUUGGUGGUUUCCCCACAACAGAUUGUCGUACCUAUGGAAUCCCCACGGUGCGAACUGACCUGCCGGCUCCGCGGAUCAAACGAAUCAGUGACAGAGCUAACUAUGGUGAUGGGUCCACUGCAUUUCAUCUCCUGUACCCCACUCUGCACUCCCUUAGGGGUGUGUACGAGGAGCACUUCUUCUGCCACCGCACCAAAGAUGAGAUCGCUGACAUAUUCCGAAAUGUGGGUGCAAGUAUUUCUGAGGAAACACUUGAAGAGGCGUGGAAGCUGGCGUCCAAGCGCCACCCCACUGGGGACGUAUGUGUGAAGACUUUUCAGGAUGUUCUAAAGGAAAUACACGUGAUUUAAAUUGUAACAGUAUGUUAUUUUCUUGACAUCUCUAACUGAAACGUCACGCUGCAGAUUUCAGCCUGAGACCUAUUCUCCAUUACAGUUGUUUAGAUAACUGCAAAAUGAGGGCUGUUGUACUAAACAAAGUCAGCAGCAAUCAGAAUCUCUAAACAAUCUGUAGCCAGGCAAAUAUUUGAUACCACUUUAUGAGCUACUUGUGGAAAGAAUUUACUUCCAGAUAUCCACCAUAUAGUAAUUUCCAAAAUAAUUGUCAACCUUGAUAAUCUUGUUAUCAUGUAAUAUACAUUUAUUUUUUUUGUAUAAUACAUGGGGGGUACACCUUAAGAUUCUUAUAAAAACAAUUUGAGUGCAUUAUCGUUCUAUGUUUUAAAAAAGAAUCUGGAUUAAAAUAACUACUGCAUCCUGUUACGUGGAGGUAUCACUGGGGUGUUAAAAAUUGCUAACAAGAAUGUAAUAUUACUUUGUUAGACAUCACCAUUUGGAAAAGGCAUAGAAUUUAUAAAUGAAAGGAGACACAUUGUUGUUGAUCUUUACAAAUCAAGCAAUUGGUAAAAGAAAUAGCAAAAACAAUACAUAUAACACUUUUUAUUAAAUAAAGUUUAAAUCCACCAAAAUAGUGGAAGACUUGCCGGAAAUUGUAUGCAUGCGUAUCUUUUGAAUCACCCCUAUUGGCAUAGUACUUGGACACAAAUUUAAAAUGAUAUUUUCUUAAUUGGUGCUGCUAGUGGAAGACAUUAUUUAUUAGAUUACACUAAAUGUUGAAAAGUUCACGUGUAUAGUACACAGGAGUUAAGCAAAAGCCCAGGUUCCAAUCCAGCCUUCAUCAUAUUUGUCUUGUGUAAUUAAACCAUAUUUACAUUACUGUUAUUGGUAGAGGCAGAUACAUUAUCAUGCAAUGCUUGACCUGCAACCUCUUGUUACCACUUGUGGAUUGAGCACUGUGCUCAACAAAAUGAUUAAGACAUGACUACAGUUUCUCGUAAUCUUCAGCUGUCCCAAAUAGGAGAUAUGACAAGACAGGGCCAUAGAUAAAAAAGGGCUAUGAUGAAACUAGGAGAAAUAGAAGGUUAACCAAUGUUUAAAAAUAACCUUGUUGCUAAUGUAAAAUAUUGAGGUGGCUCUUUUAUGAGCUGUUUCGCUUUCGGUUGGUCCUGUUUCCCUUGUUAAUGUCAAUGACACAAUGAACAAAGCAACAAAAUUUAGCAGUUGCAAUUCUACGGGAGGGUGUUUAC